AUGACCACAUUUAAUACACAAAUAUCCAUCAAAUCCCUUUCCGGUAAAUUAGACAAUAUUCUUCAUGACGCCAUAGAUAGAUCCAAGCCGCAAAGCUUUGUUCCUGGUGUUGUUGGUGGAGUUACUAACGAGAAGGAAACUGUAUACUUGAAGGCAGAAGGGGUUGAAAAUCUCAAUACAGCCAAGCCUAUGACAAACAAUUCUAUUUUCUGCUAUUAUUCGUGCACUAAGGCAAUCACAACUACUGCUAUUCUUCAAUUAUGGGAAAAAGGUUUAAUUGACCUAGAUAUUCCUGUUAAAACGUAUUUACCUAAGAUAGGGAAGAUUGGAAUUAUCAAAGAAUUGAAAGAUGGUAAGAAACCCGUAACUGAGAAUGCUAAAGCUGACAUUACUAUGCGUAUGCUAUUGACACAUACAGCAGGAUUUUCAUAUGCCUUUUUCAACGACAAUUACAAUAGGUUACUUAAACUGAGUGGUCAACCCAAUAUCCUUAGCGUUGACGAAAAUACCAUGGAUCACACAUUCUUGACUUACGAGCCUGGGACUAAAUGGCAUUAUGGAAUGAAUUUGGACUGGGCAGGAUUUGUAUUAGAAGCUAUAACUGGAAAAAGCCUAGAGGAAUAUAUUACAGAGAAUAUUUUUAUACCAACAAAUAUGACAUCAUGUACCUUUCAUUUAGGGUCUGAUAAAGAUGCAGUAGCGGCACAUGUACGUACUAGUAAUGGAUUAUCUGUUGCGCCAUUUGGUCCCGAUAAGUCACCCAAAUUAGAUAUGGGUGGCCAUGGUGUUUUUGGUACAGUUGAUGAUUAUUUGAAAUUCAUCAGGAUUUGGUUAAAUGAAGGUACUACUUCUGAAGGUGUACAAAUUAUCAAGCGCGAAACCUAUCAGCUUGCAAUUCAAAAUAAUUUACCAGAAGGGUUACACAUAACAAAUCUUGAAUCAUAUGAUUCUAGAAUUACAAAAUCAGUCGAUAUAGAUCCAGAAUUAGAACCUGACACUUGGUGUCUCGGUUUUGCCGUAAGUGAAAAUGAUUUACCUACUGGUAGACCAAAGGGAUGUCUAUACUGGUCAGGGGUCGCAAAUUUGUUUUAUUUGAUAGAUAUCAAAAAUAAAAUUGGAAUAUUCUGGGCCUCUCAAAUAUUCCCAUUUUUAGAUGCAUCUGCCGACGGGUUCGUAGACAUGGAAAGUGCUGUGUAUGACACUUGGCAUUCAUCUACAGUCUAA